AACGGCUUGAGAUGAAAUUACUUGGGCCGGAUCUGAAAAUUGCCAGCCCAAUAAUAAACACUCGAAGAACCUUCAUGUUUCAAUGAAAACCCUAAUAAAAAGCGCGAGGCAGAUGACACAGCCUUUUCCUCACCUGCAACUCUUCUUUUCUACAUGAAUUAGCGUUUGGGGUUAAGUUGACGAUAAGAUGAGAUUAGAGAAGUGUUGGUUCUGUUCUUCUACUAUAUAUCCAGGGCAUGGUAUUCAGUUUGUUCGGAAUGAUGCAAAGAUAUUCCGAUUUUGUAGAUCCAAAUGCCACAAAAACUUCAAGAUGAAGAGGAAUCCUCGUAAAGUAAAAUGGACCAAGGCCUAUAGGCGGUUGCAUGGGAAGGACAUGACACAGGACUCAACCUUUGAAUUUCAGAGGAAGCGUAAUAGGCCAGAGAGAUAUGACAGAAAUCUUGCAGAAAACACUCUAAAGGCUAUCAAGAAGAUUGAUAAAAUCAGAGUGACCAGGGAGGAAAGACACCAUAAACAGAGGAUGAAGGGGAAGAAAGCCAAGGAACAGAGAGAGGCAGCAAUUGAAUUGGAGCAAGGAAUCCACCUUGUCAAAGCUCCAUCAGUUCUCAACCAGGAUCAAUCUCUCACUCUUCCAAAGGUCAAAGUCAAGGUCACCCAGGCACAAGCAGAGGAGAAUUAUGCCAUGGAAGAGUAAUUUUAGUUUUUGGGUGUAUUUUUUGCUCUCUCAGUUUUAUGUUUACCAAAUAUAUCGUAUUCAUAGCUCUGUCCGAGUGUCAAAAAGUGUGUUGGCUGUUGCAGUGAAGGUUUUCCAUGAAAUUUUAGUUGUACUUGCCUGAUAAAGCUUUUUUUUUUUUUUUCAUAGUUCUAUUGUAUUUGUACUUCAUCUUUUGGGCGUUUUCUUUGGUGAUGAUCAUUUUUGUUCUUUUUUCCAUCAUUAGAAAAUCGAUUGUCAUGUUUGUUAGAACCGAAUUUGAUAGCAGAAAAAUGUCUGUGUAUUCUUUUAA